AUGAACGGCGACAGUGCCCUCGCCCCCGAAAUCCGCCUGGAAACAGCAAUGGGUAGCCUACCUGCCUUCACGCCACGUCGGAAAAUCAGCAUCGUUACUGUAGGGGCGGGCUUCUCAGCCCUCACUUUUGCCUACAAGUUACAACAUCAAUAUCCAGAGCUGCAGAGCAUGGUUGAGCACAAGAUAUUCGAAUCGCGCAGUGAUAUUGGGGGCACAUGGCUGGUCAACAGAUAUCCUGGAGUCCAAUGCGAUGUGCCUGCCCAACUAUAUGCAUUUCCAUUUGAUCCCAAUCCUGAUUGGAGUCAUUUCUACGCAUCAGGACAGGAAAUACACCAAUAUAUUAAAGAGACUACCAAAAAAUGGAACCUGGACCGGGACGUCAAAUUAAAUCACAAAGUCACGGAAACGGCGUGGCUGACUGAUAAGCAUCAAUGGAAGGUCACCGUCGUGAUGCCCAAUAACACUUUUGUCGACUAUGCAGACAUUCUAAUCUCAGCUCAAGGUGUGCUGAAUAACUGGCACUGGCCAAAGAUUGAGGGCUUUCACACAUUCAAGGGCCACAAAUGUCAUUCUGCUUCCUGGGACGAGGGGUAUGACUAUUCCAACAAGACGAUUGCUGUUAUCGGCAACGGCUCUUCUGGGGUACAAAUCAUUCCUCAACUGGCUAAACUUCCUUCCACAAAGGUAAUUUGCUUCCAAAGAAGCUCUAACUUUGUGUAUACUCCCUUUACGCCUGGAAGUCUACUAGGUCGAGAUGAUAAGCGAGAAAAUCCUCCGUUCUCGGAGGAAGACAAGAAACGUUUCAGGGAAGAUCCGGGAUUCCAACGAGAGUAUCGACGGACCAUUGUCCAUCGCGUGAACGCUGGCUUUAGACGCUUUAUCAAAGGAUCUCCGGAAAACAAGCAGAUCACGGACGCCGCUCGCGAACAAAUGGCAGCUAAGCUCAACAACGAUUCAGACUUGUGCUCGAAACUCAUUCCCGAUUGGGGCAUUGGAUGCCGGCGUAUUACCCCGGCCGAAGGCUAUCUCGAAGCACUCCAAAAGCCCAAUGUUGAGCUCGUCACCAGCGCCGUCGUGAAAGCAGAUGAGGACUCAAUCACCACUGCCGACGGCCGCACCUUCAAGGUUGACGUCCUAGCUUGUGCCACUGGCUUCGACGUGUCCUGGAAGCCUAACUGGCACAUGGUAGGCCGAAACGGCGUCGAGCUACGGGAACAGUAUGAGAUCGACCCUCAAGCCUACCUGUCCGUCGCGGCGCGCGAUAUGCCGAACUAUUUCAUGUUCCUGGGUCCGAAUGCUGUCGUGACGCAUGGCUCGCUCAUCGAGGCAAUCAACUGGACCGCAGACUACAUCGUGAAGUGGGUCCGGAAGAUAGCAGAAGAAGAUAUUCAAUCCGUCGUCGUGCGGUCGGAUGUCGUGGAUGAAUUCGUGCAAUAUGGCGAGGAUAUCAACCAGACUCUCAUUUGGUCCGACACUUGCUCAAGCUGGUUCAAGAGGAACACAGUCAAGGGCAGGACAGUUGCCGGAUUUGGAGGGAGUGCGUUAUUGUUUCGUAAACUCGUCGAGCAACUUCGCCCGGAGGAUUUUGAGGUCGAAUAUCGGAACAACAAUCGGUGGACAUUCCUCGGCAAUGGAUUCACACGCUAUGAAUUAAAUCCAAACAAUGACUUAGGUUGGUAUAUCGAGCGGUAG